AUGUAUCCACUGGUAUUAAUUUUGGGUGCUCUUAUUUUCACUCAGUGCUCCGCACUAUCCAAUAAACCGUGCCCGCCUAAUAAAAAACUUAAUGUAUUUGCUCUCCUUGGUUCUACUACAGGUGGUGAGGUUUCUCCUAUUUGCGAUGGUAAUCAUGCAAUUACUUGCAAAAGCGAACCGAUUGAUAAAAUAUGUAAUGAUCACAUAAAGCAUUGCAAGAAUCCCAAUUAUGAUACCGCUUUUUGUAACUCUCAAUACUGUUAUUGUGCGGAUGCUACCGUUGCUGCUUUUGUCACUGGUCCCCCCCCUCCAAAAAAAUGUACCAAUGCAAGCGGAUGUCCUAAAUGUAGUGGUAAAGGUGUAGAAACGUGUGAAAAUAAGAAAUGUGGUUGUCGUUAUCCACCCGCAAAACCCCCAGCUCCCUCCUCAUGUGUGGAUUUUAGGCAGCCGUGUAAUGAUCAGAAAAGGUGUUGUCCUGGCUUAUAUUGCCAUAAACGAACAUUCACUGAUCAUCCCACCUGUGAGCACACUGCCUUUGGUGGAGACGAUUGUUCCAGCGGUAUUCCUUGCGAGGAUUGGGCGCAAUGCAUUGGCGGACGGUGCUCGCUCCAUGCAGGAGACGAUUGUGAUUUUGAUGGCGCCGUAUGCCCUUAUGGUUGGCAUUGUGGAUAUCAGCCAUAUUCUGUAGCAGCCACGCAUAAAGUGUGCCAGUGUGAUCUCGGUUUGGAUGACAACUGUAUUGACAAAAAACGAUGUGAUCUCGAUGUCUUUGGGGUGAAAGAGUUGUGUCAAUGCCAUCCGGGCAUUGAUGAUCAUUGUUAUGCUGCUUCAGCUACCGGUGAAAAAUGCAAAGAAGCAUGUUACGCACACAAUAAACCAGCGUGUAAAACGACUUUUGAGGUGAAUAAGGCGGGUUUGAAGGCAUGUCUAACUUUUGAAACCAACUCGUGUAAAAACUAUUAUAUGAAUUGGGCUAAUCAAACCAUUGAACUAACGGCUGCAAAGGCUAAAGAGUUGGCUAGUUGUGGUCACAAAAUAUAA